AUGCAGGUGGAAAUUUUGGGGAAGGUUCAAUUUACAGGGGAGACUCUGCCGAAAUUUUGGCAGAAAGUCUCGUGCCCUAAAUCCUCUCUGGUAAAGGAGGACAUAGUUUUAAGGAGUGAACCCGGCGUGGGUGUGAUGCCGGGGUCUCCGCAGGGUUCGUCUCGGGUUCCGGGAAAUUCGGGGCGGGGUCCUGUCAGCUCUCCUCACUUCCUUCCCUGUUUUCUCUUCCUACAAGCCCUUGCUUUCCUCCCUCCUUCCUGUGAGGGUUUCCUCUCUCCCUUGUGA